AUGAGAGAACAUUUAUUACCUUCAUUAGCUACAAGCGAACGCGCAAUGAUUGAAAGUCUCGAUCCGACUAUAUAUCCUUUUUUUAUUGUAAAUUUCUAUUCAUCAGGUGGUGUUUGGUCGCUUCGUAAUCUGUCGAUCUCCGUCCCUCGAGCUGUCCUCUCUGGUGAAGGUCAAUCAGCUGUGUUAAGAUGCUCAUACGAUCUGGAAGGAGCAGCGUUAUACUCUAUAAGAUGGUACAGAGCUGAAACUGAGUUCUACAGAUACGUGCCAAGAGAAAUGCCACCAACUAUGGUAUUCCCACUCCCGGGAGCUUCGGUUGAUCUUGCUCAGUCAGAUCAUCAACAAGUACGUAUAGUGAAUCUAAACAGACGUCUCAGCGGUGACUAUCAGUGUGAGGUGUCAGCUGAUGCUCCUUUGUUUCACACUGAUAUACGAUCUGCUCCGCUCACUGUUGUCGAUCCACCGUUCCGUGCACCACAUCUCUCAAUAUCUCAAAGGAGUUAUGCUCGAGGAGACGUCAUACGCGCCAAUUGCUCCGUCGACGAAGCCUACCCUUCCCCCAACAUAACUUGGACUUUGGAUGACCACAAGGAAUGCAGUAACAUUCCAAAGUAUAAAUCCUUUUCUUGCUGCGAUGCCCCAAGACGAAAGUUUCAUUCUUGA